AUGUUACCAUCAAUGAGAACAGAACGCCGCCACACCACUGCACAUUAUCUAUCUAUCUAUCUAUCACAGUUUAUUCAUAUCUAUCUAUCUAUCUAUCUAUCUAUCUAUCUAUCUAUCUAUCUAUCUAUCUAUUUCAGUCUGUUCAUUAUCUAUCUCAGUUUGUUCACAUAUAUUUAUGUAUGUAUUUAUGUUAAUUUCUAUCUAUCUAUCUAUCUAUCUAUCUAUCUAUCUAUCUAUCUAUCUAUCUCAGAGUAUGCGUAUCUAUCUAUCUAUCUAUCUAUCUCAGUUUGUUCAUAUAUAUUUAUGUAUGCAUUCAUAUUAAUUUCUUUCGAUCUAUCUAUCUAUCUAUCUAUCUAUCUAUCUAUCUAUCUAUCUAUCUUAUUCUACUUUACUCCUAUCUAUCUAUCUAUCUAUCUAUCUAUCUAUCUAUCUAUCUAUCUAUCUAUCUAUUUCAGUCUGUUCAUUAUCUAUCUAUUUAUCACAGGUUGUUCAUGUAUAUUUAUAUAUGUAUGCAUGUUAAUUUCUAUCUAUCUCAGAUUGUUUAUAUAUAUUUAUUUAUGCAUGCAUGUUCAUAUCUAUCUAUCUAUCUAUCUAUCUAUGUUAUCAACUAAGACGAAAACAAAUUCCUUCUGCGAUACCUACUAUAUAUCAACCUAUAACAUUUUUUUCGUUAUUUCUAUCUAUUUCUUUCUUUUUAUUUUCUUUGUAUAUCUAUCUAUCUAUCUAUCUAUCUAUCUAUCUAUCUAUCUAUCUAUAAAACACAUCUUAAGUCUAUAUUUCUUCAUAUAUAUAUAUAUAUAUAUAUAUAUAUAUAUAUAUAAAAUUCUGUUCAUCUUUUUCUUUCUUUCUCAUUCUGAUCAUUUUCUUUCUUUCGAUUUAUCUAUCUCAUUCUGUCUAUUUUCUUUCUAUCUAUCUAUCUAUCUAUCUAUCUAUCUAUCUAUCUAUCUAUCUAUCUAUCUAUCUAUCUGUCUGUCUAUUCCACUCUUUUCAUUUUUAUCUAUCUAUCUAUCUAUCUAUCUAUCUAUCUAUCUAUCUAUCUAUCUAUCUCAUUCUGUUCAUUGCUUUCUUUCUCGCUUUCUUUCUCUCUUUGUUUCUAUAUAUCUAUCUAUCUGUCUAUCUAUAAACAUUUUCUUCUUCUUCUUCUUCUUCUUCUUCUUCUUCUUCUUCUUCUCCUUCUUCUCCUCCUCCUCCUCCUCCUCCUUCUUCUUCUUCUUCUUCUUCUUCUUCUUCUUCUUCUUCUUCUUCUUCUUCCUCCUCCUCCUCCUCCUCCUCCUCCUCCAAACCUCACCCUUUUUCUUCUUUCUUUCUCUUUCUUUUCUUUCUUCUUCUUCGUUUUGUUUUCUUUUUCUCCUUCUUCCCCUUAUUUCUUCUUCUUCUUCCCCUUAUUUCUUCUUCUUCUUCCUCUUCUUCUUCCUCUUCUUCUUAAUAUACAUUUUCUUCUUCUUCUUCCUUUUCUUCUUUUCUAAAUUUCUUUCCUUUUUUCGUCCCAUUACACCUUUUCCUUGA